AUGACAACUAUUCUCAAAGGAUACUAUUUAAAGGUAACGCUCGAGAAUAGAAUCGUCAAGCAUAAUGGACGCAAAGUCUAUUUAUCGAUUGUCGAACAUGGCAAUGGCAUACCCGACAAUGCUCUCAUUCUCAAAAUCAACGCCACCUGUGCCAAAUUUUCAGUGUGUCUGAGCAUCCGUUCGCAAUGUGGCUGGAAGGAACUUGACCAAAACGAAAGCGGAGAGUUGACAUUUGAUCUAAAGGUAGAGGUGACCGGAAAGUCCCAAAGAGCGCCCCUCUUCCCACUCGUCUUCCAACUCUGUGAAAAGAACCACGACCAAGUGUCUCUCAUCUCCAAGUCGGUCAUCCCCGUCAAGGCCAUCACCAAGAUCCCCAAGAAAUCGUUGCGCGCUGAGCUUGUGCCAUUGGGCGAGCAGCCCACCAAGCCUCCCCAAACCUACCCCGCCAACGGCUCGGGAUCCGGGUCGCCAGAACCCGAGGAAGUCGAGCAAAACGACUUGGUCAUGGAAGAUGAUGAAGAGGAAGAAACCGACUCUGCUUCAUCCUCUGAUUCGUCCUCUCCAAGAUUACAAUCUUCCUCUGCCAACAAACAAUUGCUGGUGGCUAGUCCCCCCGCCGGCUCGCUGUCCACCUCUAUCACUGGUCUAGUGUCAUCCUUCCAUAUUGGCCAGUCCCCAUCAUCAUCCACUUCGGUUUCUCCAAGCAACUCAUCCACAUCGUUGGUCCUCCCACCACUUUCAUUAAAUAAUAGUAACGGUAAUACUAGUAACACUGCUAGCAGUGCCAAUAGUAGCAACAACUCGUCGCCAUCUGCUUUGAAAAAGAGUAAGAGUUGUGCACCCAAUCAAUCUACCGGCCCCAAACUAUCCAUUUCCACAUCAUCUAAUGGUCUCUUGACCGCUGCAGCUACAUCAGCAGCUGAACCACAAGUGGAACGACCAUCAUCUGCUGGAAUUCCAACCAACCCACCAUCACGUGCUAUUAGCAAAUCAAAUAAUGAAUCAUCGGCAUCACAGCCGGUUCAUGCACACGAAGACUCCUUGGCAUUUUUAUCUGCCUUGGCUGCAAUGAAGUCCUCAUCUUCACCAACCCCCUCUUCUCCCACAACAACAACCCCAAACACAUCGGCCUCUUCAUCUCCCACCCCUUCCUCAUUGUCUUCUAUUCUCUGUCAACCAAACGAGAAUGACAAUGAGCUUUUACCAACCCCUCCUUCUCCUUCAAGCCAACAACAAAUACAAAGAAGAUCAUUAUCACCAAACAAAAAACAACCAAUAACCCUAACCCAAUCCAAUAACAAUACCAAUAAUACUAUUUCAAAUAUAUCAACAUCCAUUAAUCAUUUUUAUUCCCAACAUGUUUUCCCACCUUCUCCUCAACAACAACACCAAUUACAACAACAACAACAACAACAAAAAUUAAAGAUCCAGUUACAACAACAACAACAAUCGUCACCCAUUUCAUCACCAACUCAAACCACCAACUUUUCCCCAAGAUCUUGUACAUUUAAUACCAUCAACAACAUUAACAACAAUAAUAACAAUAAUAACAAUAACAAUAGUAUUUAUAAAAUGAUUUCCCCACAACAACCAUCAUUGACAUCUGUACCACCUACAAUCAAACCAUCUCCAUUGGUUUUAAGUGUUCCAACCAACACUUUAAUUGUUCCAACAGUUGCAAUGAAUAAUAAUAACAGCAGCAGCAGCAGUGCAUAUAAUACUCCUAAAAUGGCUUCAUUGGCACCAUUAUUUGGUACCAAUCUUUUAACAAUGAAUCAUCACAAUAACAACAACAACCAUCAUCAUCAUAACCAUCAUCUUAACCAUUUCCAACAUCAUCAUCAUCCUCAUCACAACUCGUCACAACUACAAAAUUUGAUGAACCCAAUUGGCAAUGGGACAUGUAGUAGUGAACAAUUCAACUUGUUUAGUCAUAACAACAAACGCAAGUUGGAAGACGAGAUGUAA